AUUCAUUGUAUUGCUAUCAUUGUUGUAUUCAAGUGGUCAGGCUUUCAAGUCUAACCACGUCACAUUAUCAUCCCUGCUAGACGCUUCUUUGUUCUUAUUGUCAUCACCCACGGAACUACAUAUCAGUUAGCACAGGAAGUACAAUGGUGUUAUGUAAUGCAAGAUUCCUAAACGACAAGGUCAGCUGGGAUGUCCUACCGCACUCUCUGUGAGGUAGAGCCGUGAAACUAUUUGCCACCGCCAGAGAGAUCUUUGCGACCAGGAUAUUUGGUUUAUUUGCUGCACUAACUCACAGUUACUCCAUGUAUGCCCGCUGCUCGCUUCGCUCGCGACUACACUGUUCGUCAAGUUGGUGGCGGGAGAAAAAUACCGUAGGUUCAUCCUGACAAGUGUUACUGGAUCCAGCCUUGCAUGUGACAGAUCAUGGGCCUCGCUCAUCACAUGUGAGAACUAAAUCUAGGACUGGAUUUUGUCCAAAACAUACAUGUAAAGCAGAGCAAUGGCAAGACAUGGAGAGAUGUAUUCUUGAAGACGUCGAUAAUACGUGUACGCCAAGUGCCAUAGCCUGCAGGAUUGCAUGCAAUUCAAGAAAACGAGGACAUAACGAUCGCGGGAGGGGGCGUGGCGACGCGGAGACCGCCCGAAAAGGCAAGCGCCAAAUAAGGGCACACAAAGGACCCUCUCCAUCGAGUGAACGACGCUGCCACUUGCUUGCUCGUUGUUGCCCACGGCGUCCACGAUGCCACCAUUCACCCCCGCCCUCAGUCCGGUUCAACUCCCGGCACUAUACCUCUAUCCUCUCAAUGAUUCGUUUAUCCCAAAACACAUUUCUCUCGUUAACAACCAGCGCGUCAAGAUCGGUCGACAAACCAACGCCAAGACUGUUCCAGCAGAGCGAAACGGCUAUUUCGACUCGAAAGUGUUGAGCAGGCAGCACGCAGAAGUGUGGGAAGAGAGUGGCAAAAUUUUCAUCAAGGACGUCAAAAGCUCCAAUGGUACAUUCAUCAACGGCGAACGUCUGAGUCCCGAAGGGCUCGAGUCUGAGCCUUUUGAGCUCAAGACCGAUGAUGUAGUGGAAUUCGGUAUAGACAUUGUCGGAGAAGACAACAAGACCAUUAUUCAUCAUAAAGUUGCUGCCCGUGUCGUAUGUGUGUUCACCGACCAAGAUGCGCAGGCCGCCGCAAGGGCGGAAGCCCAAAGUGCCAGCUUCAGCCUCAAUGCAGCUACUUCCGGUGUCGGUGGAGCAUUCAACUUUGCUAGCCAAGCUGGGGCGAAUGGUGCGCCUGGACCUCAGAGACGAGGGACAAUGCAGACGCAGGGCCUCGGUAUGGGUGGCAUGGGUGGUUCUGCACGGGCUCCUGGGAAAAAUAACCUCACGUUCGACCACAUUCUUAGCAGAUUGCAGGGCGAGCUGCAGAAGAGUCGAGAAACCUCGAACGAUCUGCACUCGCUCAGUAGCGCUAUGAACGAUAUCCAUGAAACCUUGGGCGGUAACUUGCCACCGAAUCUCCCUCCUUAUCCGCAGACCCUUCCUCCCGUCGUUGCUGCUCAAUCGACGCAGCAGCCACAGCCGGCCGAAUCGAGUCAAGUGACCGGUAGUUCGACGUCAACACAGGACUCAACGGCGGCGCUAGCGCAACUUCAGGCGCAACUCCAUGAGACCCAGAUGUCCCUAGCAUCUCAUGUCGACAAGAUCCGAUCUCUUGAGGGUAUGCUUGCCGAACAUGAGGCUAUCAAGCAAGAGGUCAGCUCAAUGCGGGAACUCAUGGAGGAGCGAAAACGUGAAAUGGAGCUCUUUCGUGUUCACUCUCAGAGCCCAAAUCACCUUCGACGGCAUCCUUCGCGCAUGGAGGAGGGCGGCGAUGGCGAGUACAUGCAUGAUGAAGAUGACGAUGCACGAAGUGUCGCCACAGUGAUUCCUCACGAGCUUGAGCGGGUUGACGAAGAAGACGAAGAGCAAAUGGCAGCCGAAGAGGAGGAGGAAGAACGGAGACGACGUCGUGACGAGCUUGGUCGCCCUCGGACACCGGAGCCAACAGGUAUAGGUAUGGCUGAGGACGACGAAGAGCAGGACUCUGAACAGCGACGGACAGAUCAUUCACAUCUUCAUGCACAGUCUGCUCCUUCUUCCCAGUCUUCAGCCACCGCUUCUUCAUCGGCGCUCCCUGACGAUCUUAUCCACCGCAUGAAUACACUGACAAAUCAACUGGAAAAUGCCCUUGAACUCUCACGGUCACUCGAGGCCCAGCAUCACACGGCCCAAUCAACUAUCUCACAACUCGAAUCGAAGGUCUCGACCCUUGAAUCUCUGGUACAGGCGACACAGGCACAGGUGCAAGCACAGAGCAAUGCCCAGCAAGAACUAGUACAGUCAAUCGAGGCCAGGCAACCAUCUAUUGCCCUUAUCGAGGAAGAACGUACACGAGAACGAGAGUCGUUGACAGAAAUGCUCAACGAUUGGAAGAAGUCCGUGGAAGGCCAGUGGAGUGACGUCCGGGAAGAAUGGGCUGAAGAACGAGAUAGGCUCAAGCGUGCGAGGGAAGAGUUUGAGUCCAGGGUUCAGUCCGUCGAGAAUGGCCUCAACUCUACUGUUACGAAGGUAGAGUCAGGAUUGGCGUCCCUGACCGCUCUCCAAGUGCAACAUCAGUUUCUUCAACCAAACGGUAAUGCGAAGAUCAAUGGCGGCGGUCUGUUCACUCCUCCUAGUCCUAGGAGUCUUUCGGUAGCCUCAACUCGACCUCGCCAGAGGAAACGCCGUCCGAGUUCUACAAGGGGACGUUCGCACUCUCGGUCACUGUCACCUGGUUCUACGCAGUUAAUUGGCAGAGAUCAUUCCCCUGUCUCACCGGUGUCCAAUGACGAUCUCUCGUCCCCUAAGUCAAGGACUCAUAGGCAGUCGUCUUGGAUGACUGACGAUUCUGGCAGCGACUCGGAGUCAUUACCCAUCAACGGUCUCACCAAACCUACGGACUCUCUGGACUUGCAGAAGACGACUGCCGGGCUCAAGUACCCUAUAACGCCUGAGCCUUCUCUACGUGAUCAACCUGUGACUGGUUUAAACCCAUCCUCGGUCGUGGCUGAAGCCAAGGAUCCACCCAAGGACGCUCGCGCGCAUUUGAACAACUUGUCUGCGCUAGCCGGUUUCCUCGCUCUCACUGUUGCUGCAGCCGCAGUAGCUUGGCGGGUGAAGUCGGACGGCUCGGUAUGAUGGUCAUCCUUUGUCUUAGUUGUUGACGUUCGUUGCAAGGAGGAGAGCACAAAACUACCCGAACGCUAUACAUCCCCGUUCACCGUUGCCCUUCACCGAUUCACCUUCCUUACACCUUCAACCUUCUCCGCUAGUACCCCCUUGUCGUUCCUGGAUUUUUUACCCCCAGUGAUGGCCUUCCUGUCCCUCCUCUCUGUCGCUCCGUUUCGUUUUCUCCUGUUGUCAUUGUUUCUCUCGUCUCGUUCGUCUCUCAUCAUGAAUACGCUGGAAAUCCUAGAUAAUCGUCUGAAUCUUCCUUUGUUUUGUUGCCCGCAUAUGUAUCCCCUCCUUUCGUCGCAUAUCUUUCCGUAUAGUACUAAUUUAUGUAACGUUUUCAUGAAAAGUCACGAAUAAGUUGCGUGGAGAGAUCCUCAUGUAACUACGUCAUGUCAGCAGGUUACGAUUUCACGACUUGAUUAUUUCGUCACUCUUUCCAGAAAGAUUAAAGUGCGUUAUAUCUAUUUUCAGCAGGAUAUUCUUCAAGGCUAUGCAGUUGCAUAUUUACUGGUCUCCGUCUCAGUUGGAGUCCCUCAAAUAGCAUUUUUGACAUUCAACGGAUGUCAGAGGUGUGGCCUUUGGGCACAAUGCUUAAACCGUCCGUAGAUGGUUAGGCUCGAGGCACAACAUACAUUACUAUGACUUCGCUAGCGAACUAACGUUAAACGUUAACCUUUGGUUUAUGUGCCUUUUGAGAGGAGAUCGUAUUGAUGCACCUCGAACAAUUAAACCUUCUGCUGACUG